CAGAAGAAAGAGGCAGUGGGGAGAGGAGUCCGCACAUUGAUGGAAGAGCUGCUUCAAACCUCCAUUCAGUUGAAUUUGCUGGAUUAGAACCACGUGCGUCAUUGCGCAGAGCAACCGCUUGUUCUGCUAUUGCAUCUCAAACUGUGAACUGAUGAUGAUACUUUGGAAGCGACAAUGAUGUCUAACCAUAAGAUUUCAUUUUCUAUAGCUGAUAUAUUGGAUCCAAACAAAUUUAACAGCAAAAGAGCAAACGAACUUCCAGUUGCUGAGGAGAAGUUUACUGCGCCGGAUGCAGAGGGAACAAGUUUGGAAUGGGACAGCGAGGCGGCGAGAGAUGAGCACACAGGAGAGGAAACAGGAGAUGAGGACUCCAGCCAUCCAACGACUCUUCGUGAUCCCAUUCUAACAUGUUCCUCCAGCGAGCAUGAGAACUCAGACGGGAAGACAGCAGACACCCCGCAGGACCCAUCGCCCCACAAGCGGCGGCGCGCAGACCACGCGUGCGCCAAACCGCGACGCGCGAGGACAGCCUUCACAUAUGAGCAGCUUGUAGCUCUGGAGAACAAGUUCCGCGCUACCCGGUACCUGUCCGUCUGCGAGAGACUAAACCUGGCCCUGUCCCUGAGUCUGACCGAAACGCAGGUUAAAAUCUGGUUCCAGAACAGGAGGACUAAGUGGAAAAAACAGAAUCCUGGAGCGGAGAGCAGCUUACAGACCGGCUCCAGCUCCCUGGUCAGCGUGAGCCCAAACCCAUCCUCCUGUGGCUCAGGCUCAGGCGCUUUUCACCAAACUUUCUCUAACUUCAGCUCUGGGAGUGUGAUCUUUCACACAGCUGGUGGUGUUCCGCUUUCAACCACUGGGGGGCUUCUGCAUCCUUUUAUGCCAAGUGGAUUCGUCCAACCGACUUACUUUCACUGACUAAACUAUCCAGACUUUCAGCACAUUUUUAAGUUCUCUAGGUAAUUUUAUUGUCAUUCAUUCAGUUAUUCAUUCAUCAAUGUAUUUAUUCGUUCAUUCACUCAAGUUUUUUUAAUUAUUAUUUUAAGUUAAUUUUUGUUACCCAUGGGAUUUUAAAAGCUGUUAAAACAUUUUAGAAGCAAGUUUUGCAAGUAUGAAAUGAUCCUUUGCAUAGCUUUCCUUUUCAUUUGGUGGUAAUUUUCUAUUUAUUUAAAACCAGGAGAGAAUGCACCCUUGACAGCUAACAAGUCUUUAAAAGGGGAAACACUAGGAGCACAUAGGACUAACAACCAUGCAUGCACUUGUUUACAUGUAGGCUCCAUGCAGAAAGACCCCUGACCAGAUUUUGAAUACAUUAACUUUCUGCUUUAGGGAACCUAUUACAUUUAUUUUAGGCAAGAAAUGCAUGUUCUUACUUAAAAUAUGUCAGUUGGCAACUCACAAGCUGAACUGAAUAUUUCAGAAACAAGAGCAUUUUCGCAUAAAACAAUAUGUCAAAUUAAGGGCCAGGAAAAAAAGAAAAUAUCAAAUGAAAAGCAGUAGUUUUGAGUUUAUAUGUCAGAGAGGAAUUAAUCAAACUGAUCUGAUUUCUAUAGGACAGCUCCAGCAAGCUCAAACAACCCACAUGUGCAGAUCAGUUAAUAGAUGGUCUUUUUCCUGUCAUCCAGGAAUAUAUAAACAUUUACAGUUCAGAAAGUCUCACUAAAAUUGGACCAAAACAGAUAUAUUUUGCUUUGUCUGAUGUUUCUGUAGGGUCAGUAAACAAAGUGCAUGUCUGUUCAUUUCAUGCUGAUGUUGUUCUUUAUUUCAUCAUUAUAUGACAGCCUGUCUAAGGAUGGUUACAGACCACAUCUAAUCCUUUAUCAAUACGGAGUAUUCCUCAUCUUUUGGUUAUUUUCAGCCCAUUUUCAUAAAACAUUAAAUAUCUGCUUAUUUGAACAUAGAAAUUUGAUUUACUGCACUGCCCUCCACAAUCAGCAACUAUCCAUCCUGUGGGAUAGUUGUGAAACAAGAAAUAUAUCUCUGAGAUUCUGCUUCUACUCUAUUCUUCUUUUAGGAAGAACUGCAGUAGUUCUGAAGACAAAAAGAGCAAAUAUUAUGCUUUUUAUCCUUUAUUUUAAGAUGCUUUAAGGUUGGCCAAAAAGCAUUGUGAAAUAUUGUUUCUACACUGAUCGUCUACUAAGUUUGAAAGCUGUAAGUUGUGAACUUUAUAUGUAACGUAUGACAUUGCAGUUGAUGGUUGCUGAUUUGUUUGCCAUGCUCUUUGCUUGGUCUGCUUUGAUUGGCUGCCUACCGGUGUCCAGCAGUCUCUGAUUUUACCUAGCUCAUCAGACACCAUAUUCACUGUAAUUAGAACCAUCAUGACCCACAAUUACUCAUUUGUAAUCAGUCCUUUUCUCACAGUUAAAUGAAGUAAUGUGACAAUUUGUUUUAGAAUGAUUAAGUUAAAUGUAACUCUGCCUGCUAAAAAUGCUUAAUUAUUUGUAUUUUACUGUAGCGUUUUGUCUUCUAUUUAGCAUUUUAAAAAUUAUACACAAUUUUUUUUACAUUUUCAUUGUUUGCUUUUUUCUACUUUGCAUUGCUUUGUUAAAUCGGAAAUCUUAUGUGCCGGUUUGUAAUAUAACUGCAAACUGUAAUUCCAUGUCUGAAAAAA